CUGGCCAAUCCCUCGUAGUGGGUAAGCAGCAGCACGGUGCAAGCGGCGAGAACGCGCUCAGCGUGUCGGGUGCCGCUGGUGCGAGAAGAAGAAAAGGGACUCGCCUGAAGCCGCGCUCUCGUCGAAGACAUCGCAUCCGGGCUCUACAUCUACGACAUCGCGGAAAGCAGCGACGAUGUAUGGAAACAUCAACCAACCGGCUGCUCCCGUAGCGCAAGAAUGGCCGGCAGGCCUCCAGGUUUACAACCCGCCCAAAAGCCCCAACGCCUGCACAUACGUGUGCGCCGGCCUCGGCUGUUGCUGUUGCUGCAAAGUUCUGGUUUUUGUCGUGCCGAUACUUGUGACUGGCGUUAUUGUGGUCGUGACCAUGAUGCAACAGCUGCAACCUGAGGAAUACGAGUUUCACGGGUGGGCGACGGUGUCCGACAUCCACGAGUGCUCGUCGGUGGUAAGGGAUGUGUUCUCGAGGGGCGGACACAUCGCUGACGCCGCUGUCUCCGCACUUCUCUGCAUGGGUGUCGCAGCACCGCACCUGCUUGGGCUCGGCGGUGGAUUCCUGGCGCUGUACUACGACGACGAAAGUGACCACAUCGAGGCUUUGAACGCCCUGGGAAUCUCGCCGGCUAACGUUACCGACGUGGACGAGGAAGCGGCGAGACGGGGAGCGAAGGCGUCGAUUGUGCCCGGAGCCUUGCGUGGUUACCAGGAACUUCACAAAAAGCUCAACGGAACCAUGAAGUGGGAGGAUCUCUUCGCCCCCGCAAUCAAGUUGGCCAAGGAAGGCUUUCCCAUCAAGAAGCACUUCGCCGACGCCCUGGCAAAGCAUCAAAAUGAGAUAUCGGCCACUGACAUUAAGUCCAUCUUCAACAGCAUCCACAAGGCAGAUGACAAGCUUGUGCAGCUGGAAAUGGCACAACUGCUGGAGGAGCUAUCAAAGAGAGGCGCGGAUUUUUUCUACACUGAAGUUGCCAAAAGAAUUAUCGAUGGCCUGGGACCAGAAGCCUUAUUGACCAUGGAUGACUUCAAAAGUUACACGCCUGUCUGGUACCCACCAGUGACGAAAAAACUUGACUCCGCCACGCUUUACGCCCCGCCGUUCCCUUCCAGCGGUGUGCUGCUCCUCGAAGCGAUACCGGAGCGAGUGCUGAACCGCUCAGAAGACAUUAAGCCAAUAAAGGAUAUAACUUCGGAGGAUAAAGAAUUGAUCAAGAGAGCGCAGGACGAUCUGAGCAGCGUGCUCGCCAAGUUACCGGAGCUGGGAGGAGAAGCAGCCAAGAAGGGCUUUCCGGAACUGGUGGAGGAAAUAAGAAGCAGCAUUACCGCUGGAAAAAUAGCCACGCAAUCUACUCAUACGAUCGUCGAAGACUACGGCGGCGUCCACCUGUCCAUAACGAAGGACUUCAAAGCCAUCACCAUCAUAUCCGGCAUCAACGAACCGUUCGGAAGCAAGAAGGCGUCGGUGCCAGGCCUCGUCAUGAACAACUACAUGAGCGCGUUCGCAGCGCAAGCUGACGCGCCGAAUAGGCUGCAAGGCGGCCAGCAGCCCAGGACGUCAAUGGUCCCGGUGUUCCUCAAGGACGACCAGCAGCGACUCCUCCUCUUGCAGGCUGGCAGCGGAGGCGGGAUUCCUGGAAUGUGGGCUCUGAUUCAGGUAUUGGGCUGCAUCUCUGAACGCAAUGCCUCGUUCUGCGUUCGGUCUGUGCGUAGGAUCCGUCCUGCACUGCCCUCGAGCCAAGACAAGAGUCCCGACAUUCAGCCAACGGCCAGUGGAAUAUUCACCAAGGGGCCCCUGGUGUCCUGGCUCGCCCCGAGUGAUGACGUGCACUGCGACGGCACCAGCGAUGGUGAGAGAGCGACACUGGAGGAGAAGUUGGCAGCCCUCGAUACGGAGGACUACUGCAAGAGGACAAAAGCUUGCAAUGGCGAGCUGGGCAAGCGGGCCUUAAUUCUGAAGGAAACAAAACAGAGGAUAUAUAGCUAAGAAUUUUCGCUAAUAAAGACAAGAGGAACAUCA